AUGUAUUAUGAAACUUGGUGGAGAUUCAGCCAAAAGCUGAAAAAGUGCCUAAACCAUGGUCUCACUGAGAGGCAUUUAAAACAGGCUUUCUAUAGAUCUUUGAAUUAUGUCACUAAACUUCUUGUUGAUGCAGUGUGUGCAGGAUCAUUUAUGAGGAAGCCAUUCUCAGAGAGCAUACAACUGAUGGACAAACUGUCAAAGAAUAACAGGGCACGGUACACCUGGGAUACAAAAGUAGGAGAUCUGGGGUACACAUUUGAACUGUCGGUUGAACAAAGGAAGAGAGAAGAAGAAAGAGAUCAAGAUACGGCACACAUGAGGACCCAAAUAGAUCUACUCACGAAGCAUAUUUUCUCCAAGUCUGAAAAGAUAAGUGUUGUGAGCCAACCAAACAGGUUUGAAGAUCAGGAUAUAGAUCUAGAUGAGGAGGCAAACUACCUGGGAAACCAAGGAGGUUUCCGGAAUUAUAACUCGGGGAACCAAGGUUACAAUUCUGGAAAUGUAGGUCGGAACUUCUCAAGGGAAGGACAGUAUGAUAGGCUAGCAAACAGAGAGCAUGGAAACUGGCAGAAUAGAGAUGGGUAUAGAAAUGACCGCAGUGGUGUAUAUGGGCCCCAAGGUAAUAGUGAUCGGGCAAGUGGUAGUUCCAGUGGGUCUAAGCUCGAAGACAUGUUGGCCAAGAUGCUACAAAAAGUGGAAUCAACUGAUGCAGGGGUGAAUGAGAGGAAGAAUGGGUCACUACCAAGUGACACGAUUCAAAACCCUAAGAAAGAUGGGCAUUACAUGGCUAGCGCCACCAGGAGUGGUAAGAUUCGUACUGACCCAAUUUCUACAGGUACUAAACAUGAGCAGGUAUUGGAGCAAGCUAGAAGAGAUGAGGAUGAAGCUGAGCAAGUAGAUGACUUGGAGGAUUCUCAACCAAUAGCUAACCCAACAAGAGUGAAAGAAAAAGAGGUUGAGGGAACCUUGGCUUUACAACAAAUCCCAAGACCACCUCCUCAUUUCCCUCAAAGGCUUAAAAAGAAAGUCGAAGAUGGGAAAUUUGCUAAGUUCAGCACCAUGUUUGCUAUUGCUACCAGGUCUAUGGUACAGAAGAAGGAGGAUCCGGGUAAAUUUACCAUACCGUACACUAUCGGAUCAAUUGAAUUUGCAAAGGCCUUGUGUGAUCUAGGGGCUAGUAUCAACUUGAUGCCGCUGGCCAUCUAUAAGCAACUGGGGUUAGGAGUUCCAAAACCCACAACAAUGAGGUUGAUAAUGGCAGAUAGGUCAGGGAAGCGACUUGUAGGCAUUCUAUGUAAUGUGCUCGUGAAGGUGGACACGUUCAUCUUUCCGACAGACUUCGUGAUCUUGGAUUGCGAAGUGGAUUUCGAGGUUUCCAUUAUUUUGGGAAGACCAUUUCUGACCACAGGACGAGCAAUGGUAGAUGUUGAGCGAGGAGAACUGAAGUUCGGACUCAACAAAGAAAAGGUAAAGUUUAAUAUUUGCAAGUCCAUGAAGCAGCCACGUGAUAUGAAUGUGGUGUCUGCAAUAGCGGUUUUUGAUGAAGAAGAAAUAGGAGAAACAAUUGAAGAGAGAAUGGCUGUUGAAACCUUAGUUGCGGUGUUGAUGAACUUUGAAGUUUUCCGUUUUGACUAUGUAGAGACUGUGAAUGCUUUGAGGUUACCCAGUCACCUGAGGUAUGUAUUUUUGGGAACUAACAACACUUUACCUGUGAUUUUGGCUGCAGAUUUGAAUGAUGAACAGGUCCAAGCUCUGAUCAAAGUGUUGAUUAGAUACAAGAGAGCCAUUGGGUGGACCAUUGCUGACAUCAUUGGGAUACCUUUGGUCACUGGGUCAGUCCAGUGCAAUGUGUGCCCGAAAUGGGGUGGUAUGACUGUGGUUGCAAAUGCCAAGAAUGAGUUGGUCCCGCAGAGGCCAGUCACUAGAUGGCGAGUGUGCAUGGAUUACAGGAAGUUGAACAAGUGGACCUUGAAGGAUCAUUUUUCAAUGCCUUUCAUGGACCAAAUGCUUGACAGGUUGGCUGGCAAAGGGUGGUACUACGUUUUAGAUGGAUACUCUGGCUACAACCAGAUAUCAAUUGCUCAUGAAGAUUAG